ACCUAAUUCCAUAUUUCAUAAUUCUUUACAAAAUGGACCCAAUAGAGCCUGAUGCACAUUUAUUGGCUUUAAAAGUUAUGCGUUUAAUGCGGCCGACAUUAGUUGAACUUGGGCCGGUCGUAAGCUGUGAACACAAAGAUUUGAUGCAACGCUUUUCUUCUAAGCCUCAUAGUGAUGUUUUUUCUGGGAUUAUUGCUGAAACACUGUCGGCAGGUCAAGUGCUGUUGUUACCACAGUCAUUUGGAAACAUAUAUCUGGGUGAAACAUUUUCAAGUUACAUUUGUGUUCACAAUUGUUCACCCCAGCCUGUUGAAUGUAUUAACGUUAAAACGGACCUGCAGUCAAACACUACCCGUAUAAAUUUAUCCUUGCAAAAAAAUAACAAGUCUGCAAUCAUAUUGGCACCUGGAGAGACUAUUGAUGAUGUUAUACGAUAUGAAGUAAAAGAGAUUGGAACACAUAUACUUGUCUGCGAGGUGAAUUAUACGAGUCCAGCGGGGUACGCUCAAUCCUUAAGAAAAUUUUUUAAGUUUCAAGUCUUAAAACCACUUGACGUAAAAACAAAAUUUUAUAAUGCAGAAAUUGAAGAAAUUUAUUUGGAGGCUCAAAUACAAAAUGUUACCACCAGUCCAUUCUGUCUCGAGAAAGUGGAAUUGGAUAGCUCUGAAGAAUUUACAGUUAUUCCUUUAAAUACAUUGCCCAAUGGAGAGUCUGUUUUUAAUACUAAGAACAUGUUGCAACCUAACAAUAGUUGUCAGUUUCUUUAUUGCAUAAAACCAAAAGUGCAGAAAGCUACAGACAUCCAUGCUCUUCGACAGUUAAGCAAUGUAGGCAAACUGGAUAUCGUUUGGCGGUCAAAUCUCGGUGAAAAAGGACGAUUGCAAACUAGUCAAUUACAGCGUUUGCCCUAUGAAUGUAAGGAUCUGCGUUUCGAAGUCAUAAAUGCUCUAAAUACAGUAAAAAUUGGAACAAUAUUUACCUUUAACUGUAGGGUAACAAAUACAUCCGAACACACAAUGAAAUUGCAUGUUCGACUGGUUACUAAGUUAUCGCCGGAAUGUCAAUAUACGGGCUGUGCUGAUUUCAAGCUUGAUGAAUUAAACACUGGAGAAAAUGCCGAGUUUCCACUAUCGGUUUCCCCAUCGAAGUUGGGUCUCAUUAAAAUUGCCGACUUAUUACUGGUUGACACCGAAAACAAUGAACAUUACUCGAUAGAAAAGGUAGUAGAAGUCUUUGUAGUAGAUUCGGAUUACAACAAAGAUCACAAAACCUUUCAGAAUAGAUUAAUUCGCUAUGCAAAGCCAACGGAUAUUAUAAUACAGUCGCCGGUUCAAUUACAGGUGGUAUAGAGUGUAAGCAAAAUUGACACUUUUUGUACAUUGAAGCGCUAAAUAAUAAUUGUAUAUCUAAUUGAA